AGGGGGGCCCACUUAGACGCGCAUCCCAAAAUUUAGAAGUACCCGUGAACGCGUCCAGCGCGUCAACCGUGUCGGUCGAGAAACACCGAGUGUGGAACAUGAAGUGAUCAUACCUCCACCUACCAGCAGACGCGAACUCCCUCAAUUGUCAACUCGAAUAGGCCAGCACCGACAGCGGUCUCUCAAUUGAAUGCCCAAAAUGUUGUCAGUCUCGUCACCAGUUGUCUAUCCCGCCAGCUCUUCUCCCCCCACCAACAAGCGUGCGAAAUCACCCCAGGCCCAGAAGUCUCGAGCGCGACGCAGAGCCGGGUUCAUUAUUGACGAUGAUUCCGACGGAGAUGAAAGCGCUGCGCCGCCAGCUCCAAAGCGGCGCAUGCUAAGCAGCCCAACCGAUCCUGCUAUCGUGGAAUUCACCGAGCCUUCGUCACCACCAGCGCAACUCGAUGCCGAACCAAAAGAGCCGAUUUUAAGAAGCACAGAGGAGACAAUUGCAACAGCCGCCCAGCCGCACAAACGCAAUGGGGAAAUGCAAGAGUCACCCUACGACGCACUCUUCAACUCAACCGGCAACUUCGCGUCCGCCUUCCGAACCCUUACCUCGCAUGUUUCAAAGGGCAAAUUCAGCAUUACCACAUGUUCGGGGAAGACGGUAGAUAUAAAGCAGCGAAAGGCGAAUUCUGGGCCAUCCUAUGAGCGCAUAGUCGCUGCGAGGUCCAAGACCAAGGAGGGGCGAGCGAUCCGCAGUUAUUAUGGCAUUGAGAUGCAUGAGUUGGUCCAAGCAGCCAAGAAGGAGAUUGCCCAGAAAAAGCCAACCAUGGUGGUCGUGCCCGACCAUCCGAUGCCGUCCGUGGAACAGCCUCCAGGGAAGAAGCCCCAGAAGGCCUUGCUGUGGACCGAGAAAUACCGCGCCAAAAACUUCAUGGACUUGUGCGGUGACGAUGGGACGAACCGGAACGUGCUGCGGUGGUUGAAACGAUGGGAUCCCCUCGUGUUUCCCCGAUCAGCCAAGUCAAAGCCAUUCCGGCGACCAGGCGCGAAGACCCAAGUCGAAGAAGAGAAGCCGCUUCGCAAGAUCCUGAUGCUCACAGGACCCCCUGGACUGGGCAAGACCACGCUUGCUCACGUAUGCGCAAAGCAGGCAGGUUAUGACGUGAUGGAGAUCAAUGCCAGUGACGAUCGAAGUCGUGAUGUUGUCAAGAAUCAAAUUCGAACCAGCUUGGGCACGGAGAGUGUCAAGACUGUGCAGCACAGCAAACCCGUGGCUGGCCAAAAACCAAAGAUUGCUCGUCCAGUCUGUGUGAUUGUCGAUGAGGUUGACGGUGUUGUCUCUGGAUCUAGCGGGUCGGGGGAGGGAGGCUUUAUCAAGGCGCUCCUGGACCUGAUUGCCAUCGGUGAGAAGAACAGCGCUGGGAAGGCUGAGGCGGUCCGCGAAAGUCGUCGACACAAGAAGAAAGGUGACGACUUUCGGCAAAUGCGGCCCCUCAUCUUGAUAUGCAACGAUGUGUACCACCCGUCACUACGACCUUUACGUCAAUCAAAUAUGGCUGAGAUCGUUCACGUUGGGAAACCAACCCUCGAUGCCGUUGUCACGCGCUUGAAAACCGUGUUUGAAAAAGAAGGAAUCCCCUGCGAGAAAGACGCGGCCCGCAAAUUGUGCGAGGCGGCUUGGGGAAUGAGUAGCGGACUAGAGGCAAGGAAAGGUGCCGAGAGCAAUGCCGAGGGAGACAUUCGAGGAAUCAUGGUUGUCGGCGAGUGGGUUGCGGGACGACUUCGAUCUGCGACUCGGAACGGUCCGCUCUGCUUGACCCGUCACUGGGUUGAGCGGAACAUUGUGCAUGAUUUAGCCCACGGUGGAGGCGGCGCAAGAGGUAUUGGCCGAAGCAAUGUCAAAGACAUAGUCGGCCGCAUAUUCCAGGAGGGUGCCGGCUUCCCAAAGAGCAACACCAUUAUUGCCCCUAUGGCUUCUGCCAACCUUCGUGAGCAACCGAAAGCGCAGUUGGGCUUUUCGGAACAGCAAAAAAAGUACGCCAUGGAGCGCCUCCGUCAAAUGGUCGAAACUAGCGGAGACGUGGAUCGAGUCGUAACGGACAUCUUCUCCGACUACCCGAACCAUGAAUUCAACGACGACUCAUUCCUCACGAAACCAGAUCAGGCAUAUGAAUGGAUGCAUUUCCACGACUCCUGCAGUUCCAGACUGUAUGGCAGUCAGGAUUGGGAGUUAGCACCGUAUCUCAGCCAGCCUGUUCUGGCAUGCCACCACUUGUUCGCCUCCCCCAUUCGACACUCACAGUUGAUGUAUCAAAAGAGGGGUGGUGCCGACGAGGAGGAGACCCCUCCACUUCCAUUUUCUGGACCGCGAGCAGACUUUGCCGCCCGUGAAGCGGAGAAGAGCAACCGCGCCCUGCUCCAGGCUUUCCAUGCUCAACUCGCACCGACGCUGAUGCGAGCGUUCCGGAGCGCCGAGGAUCUCUCGACUGACUUCAUUCCGUAUCUCAACCGCCUUGUGUCCCCAGACGUCAAACCAGUCGUUGUCGGUGGCAGCGGUGACCAGCGUGGCACAGCUAGUGUCCGCAGAGAUACUGAAAGGGCGAUGGUCAGGAGAGCCGCAGAAACUUUGCUGGAUGUGGGCAUCACUCUUCAAAGAGGAAAGAUCGAAGGCGACAUGUUCAGCAGAGGGCCCACGUGGGUCUACCGGAUGGAACCUGACAUUGAUACGCUUGCCACCUUCGAGACGUCGGCUGCAAUCAUCCAUGGCACCCAUGCGCCGACCCGCUAUGCAGUGCGACAGGUUCUCGACCAGGAAGUCCAGAAGACCAAGAUACUGCGAGAAAACUCGGCCCGACAAGCGCGUUUCCAGGGUGGGAACCCUCUGGGCCAUGACGAAUACAUCCUCGAGGACAAAGAAAGCGCCAACAAAGCCAAGAGCAUUGAGCUUCCGGCGAUUCCUGUCAAGAGAGAUUUCUUCGGAAGAGUUGUCAAGGUUGCAGUGCGUCCCCUGCAGGAGACGGAUGCCAAUGGUCAGAUCAAGAAGCCAAGCGAUGCGCCCUUAGGGAAUGCGGAGACCAAGGUUUGGGUAACUUUCCACGAAGGGUUGAAUAAUGCUGUCAGGAAACCCUUGACGUUGGAUGAGUUGUUAAGAGGGUUGUGAUGGUAAUGAUGGUUACUCAGUAAUGACGGGGACACAAGCAAGCAUUUUAGCAUGACAGGCGUUUCUGGUGUUUGGAUGUUCCGAGAAACACGAUUGGUUAUUCACUGAAGAUAUGCUAUUUUGACUCCG